UUAAAUCUCAGAAAACUAGACAACAGAUUUCGUGAUUAAGCCUAAAUGAUUUAUUAAUACCCAUCUCACGUCACGAGGAUAUUUCCAGGGGGCUCCACGAAGUGUCUUGUCAACUAUUUAGUCUGGAUAACCUGACCAGAGUUACACGAUGGAAGCAAAACCAAACGGGCACACUUUAGGCAUAGAUGAAGCAGUAUGAUCUAAUUUCAGCUGUUCAGGGCACUAGGGGCUCUUGAUUCUUCGGGGUGUCGCAUUACCAAACGUUACCCGAACUUUUUGGUUUUAAUCGUUGCUUGCCUUGGAGUGGAAAGUUCCCAACCGAAACCGCCCCUCCUACUACUAAGAUCCAUGAUAGCAAACAUGUACAAAUUGACAAGAGUCAACUAAGAGUCCUUCAAACUCUUCAGGAUCCUGCACGAGCUGAAAAUGACCACCGGCGUGGAGCGACUAUUUGACCAACUUGGACACUUUAAAAGGUUUCAGGCAUGUCUUUACUUUGCUGCUAUUUUCCAGGCAAUCUCUUGUGGAAUACAUUACCUGGCCUCGGUUUUCUUAGUUGAAACACCUAAAUUUCUUUGUGACGCUCCUUCAAAUAUCACAGAUGUUCUAUAUAGGAAUUACUCAUCGACGUCGCUGGCAGAUAUAUGGACUCACUACAAGCCAGGUGAUGGACCAGUGGUUGUACGGACAGCUGGAGGAGACCAGUGGGAACUUAGUCCUUGUUUAAAAGCACUGCGGCUUGAUGCCAUCAAUUUUCAAUACAAGUUUUUUGGGAACAAGACUGUGGAGUCAUGUGGUGGCUUUGUCUAUGAUCACAGCGAGGUUGAGCAAAGCAUCGUAACAGACUGGGACCUGGUGUGUGAGAAGGAAUGGCUGGCCAAGCUUGCACAGCCAACUUUUAUGCUGGGAGUUUUGAUUGGAGCAUUGGUGUUUGGGGACGUCGCAGACAGAAUUGGCAGGCGUCCCAUUUUGAUGGCUACCAGCUUAUGCCAGUUUAUUUUUGGGGUCGCUGUUGCAUUCACAGGGAACUACUACCUCUUUGUGUUGAUGCGAUUCCUUCUUGCAAUGGUGUCGAGUGGGUACCUGGUAGUAGUCUUUGUGUAUGUGACAGAGUUUACAGGAAUUAAGGUGCGCACAUGGACCUCUAUGCAUGUGCAUGCAGCCUUUGCUGUGGGCAUCAUGGUGGUGGCUCUAGUGGGGUACCUUGUUCGCGUCUGGUGGAUCUACCAGAUCGUCCUCACCCUCAGUACUUCUCCGUUCUUGCUCUACUGUUGGAAGUUUCCAGAAACACCCUUCUACCUAAUGGCUAAAGGCCGGUACAAGGAGGCCCAGGAGCUGCUGGACACUAUGGCUUACUUCAAUGGCCUGCCACCCACCCUUAAGGUGUCAGAGCUAAAGGAUGACUGUGAUCAGGAAGACGGAAGAGCAAUGCAAGUCGAGAAGAGGCUAAGCAUCCUGGACAUGUUUGGAAGCUUGAAAAUGACCGGUCGCAGCGCCACCUGCUGGGCUAUCUGGUUCAUCGGAAGCUUGGGAUACUAUGUUUUCAGCCUGGGGUCUGUCCACCUUGGAGGAAACCAGUAUAUCAAUCUCUUCCUGGCUGGUGCAGUUGAGGUUCCGUCAUACUUGAUUGGCUGCAUUGCAAUGGAUCGGGUCGGCAGGAAGAAGACAUGUGCCCCGGCUCUGCUGCUUGGUGGAGUAGCUUGCAUGCUCAUUAUUGUUGUGCCUCAGGACAUUGAGAUAUUGGCUAUAGUCCUGAGUAUGACAGGGAAAUUCGCUAUCGCCAUUGCAUUUGGUCUGAUUUACUUGUACACCUGUGAGCUUUACCCAACAAUCAUCAGGUCUCUGGCUGUCGGCAGUGGUAGUAUGAUGUGUCGGGUGGGAAGUGUGGUGGCUCCCUUCUGUGUUUACCUUGCUGACGUCUGGAUCUAUCUGCCUCAGCUCAUUGUGGGAAUUCUGGCCUUCAUCAUCGGGAUCCUGACCAUGUUUCUGCCGGAAACUCUGGGACAACCCCUUACCUCAACAUUAGAAGAAGCUGAAGCUCUGGGCUCCAAGCCCAACACGAAGAACGCUGCUGUGGAUGCGCUAGAGAUGAACCAAACCAUCAAAGCCUAAAUCCAUAUUAACCUAAGUGCCUCUACUAACUAAGAACACUACAUGAUCCAAUAUACAAGUCUGAAAAGAGACAUCAGGUGUUUUUGACAAGUGUGAUACUAGAUUUUUGUUGUUGUUGUGGGCAUUUGUGGGUAGAUUGUAGGCCGUGUUCUGCGUGUGUGAGUUUGUGAGUGAUGUUUGGAUAAUUAUUAAAAAAAUUGGUAUAUUUGAUUGUGAAUAUUUUAGGGAUGUAACGGUAUGAAAAUUUCUUAUCACGAUUAUAGUGACCAAAAUGAUCACGGUUAUCAGUAUUAUCACGGUAUUAUUAAAAUGUGCUGGAGAUGUUCAAAAAGUUCAGACACAUAAAUCCCUUCACCAAGUUUUAUAUUUAAAAAUCAACAAACAACAAAUAAAAUGACUUUUUGUUUGCAUAAUCACUAAAACAACAUUACCAAUGAUGUUCGGAUUUUAAAUGACAACUUGACUGACAACAGUUUAAUAGCAUGUUCAAAUAUCUAAUGUAAAUGUUCAAAUAAAGCUUUGAAAAAGUUUCAUAUAAAGGUAAACCUCACAUUUCAGCCUUUAAAUAAAGAAAAGGGUUAAGUCAAAAUGAUAAUUGAUUAAUAAAUGGUUAUAUGUAUUUUAUCUGCUCCAUAAAUAAUUCUAGAUAACUUAUCUGAAUUGUUUAAAUGUGUAGAAUCCACAUAAGCUUGUUUUUCCUCAACCGGUCAAAAUUUACAGCAAAAUUUACAUCGGUCCGUUUUGGCCAGACAGAAGGUGCACACAGGCUGAAUGUAAAUAUAAGUCUCUGUAAAUCCACUCUCUGACAGCAGGUGGCGCUUUAUAUGGAAAAGCUGAAUAACAACUGUUUCCCGUAAACUCCGUGGACAAAGCAGUAUUGCGAUUAACACAUAGGUAUUACAUGGAGCGAAGAUGAAAACAAAAUGCCAUCGAAUCGUUUCUGAAGACAGUAAUAACCUUCAGAGGUACAUUCAUAUAAUUAAUUCAUUCAUAUUGAUUUGUAUAAUUCCCUCAGCACUCUUUUAACCUAGUUUUUCAGCCGUGUUUUCACUCAAAACGAAACUAAGUUACUCUGCUGCUGUGCGCACGUGAGACUGUUACUGAAAACUGCUUUAUGCUGGACAGUAUUUAUUUAUCGUGAGAUGUUCAAAUCGCGGUAAUCGAAUACGGUUUUAACGAUAAUUAAAAAAUUAAACGGUAAUACUAACCGUGGUGAAUUUUAUCAUGAUUUAUCGUCAAACCAGUAAUCGUUACAUCCCUAGAAUAUUUUAAUAUCUUGUAAUUAUUCUGAAAAUCUUAAUUUUAACUAGUGGUGGGCCGUUAUCGGCGUUAACGUGCUGCGUUAACGUGAGACUCUUAUCGUUAAUCUAUUCUCAAAGUUGGGUUGGGAGCU